AUGAAAACGUUAACCUCAGUUCCACCCCAUCUCCUCCCUGCGCCGCCGAGGUCUGAGAACGGCGAGGGCCGUCGCCGCAGCUGGAGGACGCCCCCCAGCCCCCGGCCCCGUGCAGACGCGUCCCCUGGGGGCCAGGCCCCACCCACGCCCCCAGCUCCCUCUCCCCGCCACCCAGUGCCAAGCUCCCUGACACCCAGCAGACGCUCCCGUCCCGUGGGCGCCGCGCCCGGCACAGCCCUGAACGCCGCCGCCCCCCAAGGCAGCGCGCGCGGGCGGCGGAGGCCUGGGAGCAGGUCUGGCCCAGAGCGGAUGCUUCGCCCGGGUCCCCGGAGGCAGCUCCGCGCAGAGUCAUCAGAGCCAGGCUCAGCCACCCAGCGGCCCCGACCCAGCCGGCCUCCCCGGCAGUCGGAUGGCCGCAGCCCGCAGCGGGUGGUCGGGGACAGAGUCCACCUCCUCACCCGGCACCCGGCCCCUCAAACAUCCCUCAACGCCCACCUGCUCCGGGCUCUGGCUGCAAAGCUCUUCCGUCCUCUGGGACUUGGCCCAGGCCCCACACCCAGGACCCUCUGCAGCCACUUCCCCCAAACCCCCGAGGGUCUCCAGUCCCUGGACGCUCCUCCACCCUGGCCCCCCCUCCUGCUGGGCUGUGAGCUCCCAGAGGACCAACCUGGCUCUGAGGCCUUUCAGGAGCCUGGGGCCCAGCUCUGGGACUGGAGCACAACCGGGUGGGAAGCUGACACCGUGUGCUCAUCUUUGGGCUCCGAACAUGUCCCCGCGCUGCCUUCUUCACCCACGGCCCAGGCUUUCCAGCCGCCACGGGUUCCUGGCCUGUCGCCACCGCUUCAUGGACGCAGACAGGACCAGCUUCUGCCACAGAGGCUAGGAUUCCGAAGGAUAGCGCCGCCCCUGGGCCGGGCCCCAGCACUCCCGAUUCCUGGAUUGGCUGAAACGGAGGCAGCUUGCGAGCCCACACCUGCUGGACCCUCGUCUGCAGCAGGGGCCCCCAGCCAGAAGGGGCAGCUGGGGCUGCACGUGACCCCCCCAUCGCCUGAGGCGUCACACAAUUGGAACUCCAACUGGCGAUGUCCUGCUGGGCUCAGCGCCUCCAUGUACCCUGACGGGGCAGGGGUCACUCAGCAGAGAGCCUUUUGCUCCAUGGUCAGAUCUCAGCGGGCUUUGCUGGGAGCCUUCAGGGAAGGAGCGGGGGCCCCUCAGCUCCCCACGAGCCCCAUCCCAUACCCCCUCCUGGAGAACAAGCCUGGGGGCGCAGUUUGCAGCCCAUCCCCCACCCCUGCGGACGGGCAGGUCCUCUCGGCCCCCACUCACGGUCACCCUGGGCCUGAGCUGACCGUCCAGUUCUCGGAGGUGCCGAGGGCCGAGGGCCUGGCUUCCCGUCUCGGCAGUGCUGCACAGGCCGUGGGUCUCAGGGCCUGUGCAGGCUCACGGAGCACCUGCCACGUCGGGGGCUGUGUGCUCAGUACCCCAGACGUGCCAGAUCCUUCUCCAAAGUCAGCACUUGCCCUGAGUCUCAAAGCGCACUUCUGGGGGAACCUCAACCUGACACUGCGAGCAGUGGGGACCGACCCCGGCUGGCUGCAAGGCCACCCUCUGAGCCGCCCGUUCCUCUGGGCCAUCGCCAAGGUCUCCUCCUCCCUGGACCCUGCGCCCUCCCCGCCUUGGACGGCGCGGGCCCUGCUGGCCAGUGAGGACAAGGCCCCGGCAGACCCGGGACACAGGCUCGCUGCCCCCCGGGCGCCCCAGGCAGCGUCCGCGCACCCUGCGCACCCCAGCGCUGCUCAGGCUGCCACACGUGCCUCCCUCCAGACAGAUGGGCCGGGCUUAUCUGCGAGGCGGGAGCCGCGGGAUUCAUGCUGGCUGGCCCUCCUGACCCCGCCUCAGCCCAUCCCCCAUCACCGGCCACCCGCCCACCUGCCCCUCCAAUCCCACUUCCAGGAAUUCUGGACUCCAGGCCCGGGGUCCCCGUCGCAGCUCCCGAACCAGGAAAGCAGCAUUCGUCCCUCGGGCUGGGGGGCCCACUUCCUGGGGAGUGGGCGCAGCUGUAAUUGGCACCGCCUCCCAUGCCCUGGGGCCUGCGGGGCUGCGUUCCCCUGGGGCCGGACGGAGGUGCAUGCCCUCAUCGUCCCUCCCAGCGCCCCCCCCAGCAAGGAGGAGCAGAACCCCCCCCGCCCCCGCUCCGACUGGCGCCUGCCUGGUCUUCUCGGGGCUCAGCCAGCUGAGCGGACACUGUUGGUGGCCCUCGGUCCUGGCGGCCCUCACCACCAGAUCGUCGCCUCCACGGGGCCAGGACCGGUCUGCCUGGACACGGCCGUUUCCCCGGGGCCCGGGAGGGCGUCUGUGUUUGCCGGAUGA